AGAUAGCUAGCAGUCAUGGAAAUAAGGAAACCACCAGGCGACCACAGCUUCCCAAAGAUGCUCUUCAUGUCUCACCAUCUGCUGCUGGCCCUGACUCUCUGCAGCUUCACGGUUCUUCGCGCGAUUCCCAUGGAAGGCUUUGCUCCAGUCAGCUGUCGCUGUAUCCGCUCGUCCUCUGACUUCAUCCCUCCUAGGCUGUUUAAGAGGAUGGAGAUUCUACCUGCAGGAGCCCAAUGUCGUUACACUGAGAUCAUCAUUACCAAGAAAGACAAUUCCAUCAUCUGUGUGACACCAGAAGCUAAAUGGAUCAACGAAGUCAUUGCCAAGUUACAGACUAAUAAACCAAGAAGAUCAGCGGUCUAAACCGGCAACAAAUGAAGAGGAAUAAUGUUUUAAAUUAUUUUAAUAAUCAACAUAAACAUCCUGAAAUACAUUUUAAUGUGCACAAAAUAAGCAUAAUCUUUGUAAAAAACAACAACAUUAAUCCAUCAAUUUCCUAUCAUUCAUGUUGGUGUAUACUGAAUGUCAUCAUCAUUUACUGUACUUGAAGAAGCCAGAAAAAUAAAGACAACAUAUCCAA